UGCCGCUAAUUUUCUGACUCGAAUUCGAGGUUUUCUGCUUCAUCUCCCUCCCCAAAACCCACCAUUAAAUUCAACACUAGUACUUCACCAAGAGCUGCUUUGGCAUCCACCGCCUCUCCUCUGCGAAUCAUGGACGACGAUGAUGAAUUCGAUUGGGAAGCAGCUGUGCACGAAAUCGACGUGGCGUGCCAGGCUGCUGCUGCCACAGCCGUUCCUAAUUCAUAUUGCAAGCAAGAGAUGUUUGUGAAUGUGGAUGAAGAAAUGCGGAAAACGGGGAAAUUUGAUGCUAUUAGUUCAGCGCCUUCGACUAGGCAGACUACUUUAGAUAGAUUUAUUGGGGCUCCGUCUUUCAAUUCGAGGAAAUUUGAAGAAAGGGUGGAAAUUUCGCGUGGGCAGCAAUGUAUGAGUAGUAGUAUUGGGGAAAAUAUUUGUCAAGAAUCUGAGAAGCUUAAUGAGUUUGUUAAGAUUGAUGCUGAGGCUGCCAAGACAUGGAUUUACCCUGUUAAUGUCCCCGUUCGUGAAUAUCAGUUAUCUAUUACCAGGACUGCACUGUUUGCCAAUACUUUAGUGGCACUGCCAACAGGACUUGGCAAAACUCUAAUUGCUGCAGUAGUCAUAUAUAAUUUCUUCAGAUGGUUUCCUGAAGGAAAAAUAGUUUUUGCUGCUCCUUCUCGACCACUAGUGCUGCAACAAAUAGAAGCUUGCCAUAAGAUUGUUGGAAUUCCGCAAGAGUGGACUAUUGAUCUAACGGGACAGAAAAGUCCUUCGAGAAGAGCAGAAUUUUGGAAAUGCAAACGCGUUUUUUUUGUUACCUCACAAGUGUUAGAGAAGGAUAUACAUUCUGGAUCCUGUUUGGUGAAAAAUCUGGUGUGCCUGGUGAUCGAUGAGGCACAUCAUGCGUCAGGAAACUAUUCCUACUGUGUAGCUGUCCGAGAGUUGAUGGAUGCUUCCACCCAACUAAGAAUAUUAGGUUUGUCUGCGACACCUGGAUCUAACCAGAAGACAAUCCAGCAUGUCAUUGACAAUCUUCAAAUAUCAACACUUGAAUACCGGAGUGAAAGUGAUCCUGAUGUACAGCCUUAUGUGCACGAUAGAAAGAUAGAACUAAUUCAGGUAUCAAUGGGUGAUGAAGCGAUCGAUAUAGAUAGUCUGCUUUUGGAAGUUGGACGUCCAUAUCAUGCCCAACUUUGCUCAUUUGGGCUGCUUCCUAAGAGAGACUUCAAGACAUUGAGCCCCUGUGAUUUUCUAAGAUCAAAGGAGACAUUUCGCAAAAAGCCGCCUGCAAGUGUUCCUCUAUCAAGGCAUGGUGAAUUCAUGGGUUAUUUUGCUGCUCUUGUUACGUUGCACCAUCUCAGGAAAUUGCUUUCAAGCCAUGGUAUAAGGCCUGCAUUUGAGAUGCUUGAUGAAAAAUUGAAAAAAGGGUGGUUUGCACGAUUACUAAGCAGAAAUGAAGCAAUUUUGAAAGCAAAACUUAUAAUGCAGAAAACUAUUACCCACGGUGCCCGUAGCCCCAAACUAACAAAAAUGCUGGAAGUACUGACUGAACAUUUUAAGGUAAAAGAUCCAAAAAACUCCAGGGUGAUAAUUUUUUCAAAUUUCAGGGGUAGUGUCAGGGACAUACUUGAUGCACUUAAACACAUUGGGGAAUCUGUUAAAGCUACAGAAUUCAUUGGACAAAACGCGGGAAAAAACUCAAAAGGACAAUCUCAAAAAAUUCAACAAGCAGUUUUAGAGAAAUUUCGGACAGGCGGGUACAAUGUCAUUGUUGCAACUUCAAUCGGUGAGGAAGGUCUUGAUAUCAUGGAAGUUGAUCUUGUCAUAUGCUUUGAUGCUAAUAUCUCGCCUCUGAGGAUGAUUCAACGCAUGGGGCGAACCGGGAGGAACCAGGAAGGACGAGUUGUAGUUUUAGCAUGCGAAGGGGCAGAAUUGAGAGGUUAUAAGCAAAAGCUAGCGAAUGGCAAGUCUAUAAGUAAGCACAUGAUACAUGGUGGCACAAAGAGUUUUAAUUUCCACCCGAGUCCAAGGAUGGUUCCACAUUUUCUCAAACCAGAACUGCAAUUUCUUGAAAUGUCAAUUGAAGAAUUUGUUCCUUGUGGGUCAAAAGCAAAGGAUUCUGAACUCAUUCCAGGGCCAGCAUACAAGGAAAAAAUUACAGAUGCUGAGAAAGAUUCGCUUGCCAAGUAUUUUGUCGCCACUCAAGAAGAUGCUUGGAGACCAUCUCUCAUUGCUUUUCCUCACUUCCAGGCAUAUCCAUCGCCUGCAAACAGUGUGCUGCAUUCAUCUCGAACGCAGAUACUAAUAGAUACCAUGCAGGAUUUGCAAGACCUACCGUAUUCUCACGAUCGCAAUCCCUCAGCAGAGGACGAUGUCAUUCUAGAUCCUUGCUUGAGAGUUUCAGAGGCAGAGCCUCGUGAUAAUGUUAUAGAAGAUUCAGAGAGGUAUACUGAUCCUGCUGAAGAGGAAUCGAAUAGAGAAGCAGAAGAAUCGGGUCGAGAGCUUCAAGUGACUGUGAAAGAUUUGCAGAGCGAAGACUCUCACAAACCAAAAACUUGGCUUCAUACCUUCCUCUUUGCUUCAGAAUUUGUGUCUGUCGAUAGUGUUGGAAAUGUCCUGGUCUUAUCAUUACCUCAAGUGCCUCUAGAUUCGAGUUCUAAACGAAUGGAAUCUAGAAAUAUGGCUUCUCUUGAUCACUCAAUGCAUGAAUGUGUGGAGUGCGCAGAGAUUCCUCUGCAACCUAUAGAUAAUCAGACAGUACAUGAAUUUAGUGUAGGUGACCUCUUUUCUGAGGAUGCGAAGAAGUUCGACGAGGCUGAGGAAAUUCUCCAUUCCCCGGUUUCAAGCAGAAUGCAGAACGAAAUGGAUAUUUCAGACCAGGAUCUUAUAGAUGUCUAUCUUAGUCCGAGACUGACUAAUUUAAUCAAAAGUGGAGUUGUUCCAGAAUCUCCGAUAAAUGAUUCUGGGACGUGGAAGGGCAACCAAGGUGAUGAUAUCGUUUGUCCUGCUCUCGUUUCUCCCCCAAAUCUGGAAACUGAGCGUCUCCUAAACUCUUGUGAACAUGACAAGAGGGAAGAUAUAAAUGGCAGCUUGGGGGAGAUGGAUAUCGACAAUGGCAUUCGAACACCUCCACUAGAUUGCAACACGGGCACAGUGGGAGCAUGCUCCUCACCUGUUCCCAUUACAAAUGAGCUGCGAACUCCUGUUACUAAACUCUCGGGCACGAGUAGCAGUAAAGACUGGACUCCAGAUUGUGGUGUCCAGCCCGAAAGUGUCGAGCAGCCGUUCAAGUUCCGUAGGCUGCGGAAGCUUGGAGAUUGCAACAGGAAAGUUCCAACAGAAUCCAGAAACUCAACUGGUGCAGGCGAAAAAUAUGUUUCGAGAAGGAUUAGCCAUCAUAAAUCCACUACGCUUCUCAAAGGUGAGAAGAAGCAAGCAAAAGGUGCUGCAACAUAUAUUGAAGAGGAAGCUGAGGUAUCAUCUGAUGCUAUGGCGUCGGAUGACGAGGAGGAUGUACAAGAGGACAGUUCGUUUGAGGAUAGCUUUAUAGACGACGGGCUCAAUCCUACAACUUCUAAUACCCAAGCUGGCAGCACUAGGGUUGACAUGAUGGCAAUAUACAGGCGAUCGUUACUCAGUCAAUCUCCAUUUCCAAGACCCCCAAGCUUCCCGACAAACCACAGUCCCGACUCUGUGGUUCAAAGCAGCAAAAUGGAUGGAAGCGGAAGCUCAACAGGAACAGGACGCGACGAUGCUCCUCAGACUGGCUUUGAAUCAACUGCCAGGAACAACAAAGAUGCAGGCAACGGGGUUCCCACAGAGAUGUUCGAGAGCAGGCCGGAUAGUCGGAAAAGAAAACUAAGCCUCCACCAAGCACACUCCCUACCAACGCUUAAUUUAGACACGGAGUUCUCUCUACUCUCCGGGGCUGCACAUGAGAACUCGACUGCGCACGUACAUGUAGAGACAAUGGAAAAGGCCGUAGAUAUUUUCGAAGACGAUGAUUUUUAUGAAGGGAUCGAUCUUGAUGCACUAGAAGAAGAAGCUACAAAGCUGUUCAAGAAAAAAACAGAGCACUCAACAGAAAAAAUAGUAGGUUCUGAUGAAAUUAAAGAACAAAAUUUUGGGAUUUUUGAUGCGCCUUCAUUUGAUCUUGGUUUUUAAUUUGUUUACGGACUUAAAAUAAAUAAAUUAUUUUAUGUGUUAAGGUUGGAUGUUUGUAAUUAUUAUGAAUAGGCCGUUGAGUGUGCAAUAUAUCAAUUUAAAUGAAAAUGCAUUCCCAUGCAAUUUUUGGGUUUUUUUUUGCAAUAAAAUUAUAUUGAUCUUUAAAUUUUGUA